AUGAAUUUGUCUCUUCACGAUCCGCAGUUUAUUGCAGCUGAUUACCCAACAACUUUGAAUAUGACUUUGUCAUAUGGACAUUGUACAGCACUCCAAAUUUCCCCAUGUGGACAUUACAUAGCAUCUGGAUUACUAAAUGGAGCAAUAUUAAUCAUAGAUACCUGGUCAAACAAUGUUACUUGCAUCAUGCGUAAACAUACAAUGCCUGUCGUGGGAAUUAGAUGGAUUUACCAUGAAAAUGAAAAAACGCCCAGUGAUGAUGAUUACAACAAGACAACCGACUGCUCCAAUGAUGAUGAUGACGAGGAUGAUACUAGUAACAUCGUGGUUGGGAUAGUAUCAUGGUCAAGAGAUUGGAAAGUAUUUGGGCAUGAAGAUAAUGAAGAAGCGACUGAAGACUUGGAUGAAGAUUUGACAAGUGUGUCCAGUGAGGACAAGGAAGGAUAUCCUCUUUGUUGCUGUACCUUUUUUGGAGGUAAAUAUGUUAUUUCAGGUACAAGCAAGGGCUGGCUACAGAUUAUUGAUGUUGAAAGGCGAUGUUUAGUUAAACAUAUCAAGGUUUGCAGUGGUAACAUCAAGGGUAUCUCAAUCAUGGAGAGAGGAUUUUAUGAGGGUUUGACACUAAAAUUUGGAAAUAAUAUUGUUCCAAUAAGUAGGAUGAUUGUCAACUCGAGUGAUCGUAUUUUACGGCAGUACGAUAUAAUAAACGAUUGGAAAUUUGAUAUUGAACAAAAGUACCAAGACGUUGUCAACAGGAUCCAGUGGAAUACGGUCAAGUUUUCACCAACUGCAGAAUAUGUUUGUGCAAGUACCCAAGGAGGUAGUGGAGCUGCCCAUGAUGUGUAUGUAUGGGAAACCAGUAUGGGUUCUUUGGUUCAAAUUCUAGAAGGUGCUCACGAAGAAUUGAUUGAUGUCGAUUGGGGGAUGAGGUCUACGAAUGGUAAUGUGUGUUGUGUGUCUGCCAAUGGUAUGGACAGUGGUACCAUUUUUGUUUGGGGGGUAAGAGCAUCACAAAAAUGGAGUGCGUUGGCUCCAGAUUUUGAAGAAAUUGAGCAAAAUAUCGAGUAUGUUGAGAAGGAGGACGAGUUUGACAUGGUUGGAGCUGGAGGCAAUAUCCUUGAAGAAGGUGUAGAGAACGACAAGUUUGAACGGUAUAAGGUUGAUGUUGUGAGUAAAGAAGAAACGGAUGCCAGAGGCUUCAAGUUCAUUAGGGGAUGUUUGAUUGAUACCGUCCUAGAAGACUAA